UGCCCAAGGUAUAUUGCCAUGUUUCUUGAAAAGCUUUGUUUGUAUUGCCUGAACGUUAUCCGCGUCACGCCAUCCCGAUAACAUAAUAUACCGCCUACACUAUAAUAACUACACCAAUAUGCAGUACGAUACCUGUACUUGUUCCCGAUUGAUAAACUACGUAAAGAUGGGACAAGAAAGUUAGAUAAGGUUGAUAUUUAUGCGUGUAAUGAACAUUGUGAAUGCAUAUUAUGCAGUUAAGGGUAUUACAAUAUUAGACGAAGCAUGAAUAUGAUGAACGGCAUGGUCGCUGUGACUCUUUGUCUACUACCUGUGACUUCCGGAUUGCACAGUUAUGCUUGCAGUGGGACAACUAAUACGUAUUGCUCUUGGCACAUGUUAAGAUGUGAUAAGGGAGAACUGAUUAGUAUUAUAUCGUCUUGCUAUGGAUUCACAUAUUUCAGAUACAGAAGGAGCAACUGUUUAAACCCACACUGUAAUAUUAGUUUUACCGAUACGAACGAAAUAAAGCUUAACGAUUGUGAAGGAAAACAGGCUUGUAAUUUCCGUUCAUCAGAUAACUCUAUCCCAGUUUGUAAGAACAAUGGAUUUCAUAUUCCUUAUCAGUACUCAAUUGUAAAGUAUGACUGUAGGACAGCAUUACCAACUGAAUCGCAAACAAGAACUACUCUAAAUCGACAAAGUACAACAGAGGUGUCUGAACCAGGCAAAAUCAUAAGAUCAACUCCAGCAAAAAAUAACUCGACAGAUACAGCCAGUAUUAGAGUUCGUCAAUCCACCGAAUGGUUUAUUGAAAGGGGUAUGCACAGAAAACCAGAAACUACCGAUAUUGAUGAAACGAAUAUCAUAAAUUAUAAUUAUAAACAUAAUACAGAUGCCUCUGUUAUUGUUGGCAGCGUCAUGGGAAGUUUACUUUUGGUUGUCGUGGUUCUUGUCAUCAUUUAUAAACGACACACGAUUAGUACUUUUAUUGAUAGUCGCUUCAAAGAGAGUUCAAAGGUUACAAAUCCAGUAUCCGAAACACCUACUGAUGGCUGCACCAGUAAUCCUGAAUUGAGGAACGAUAAAACUCCGAGCUAUGUAUUAUCUAAUGACUGUUACCAUUUACAUGACAACAGGAAACAUGAUGAUACUUAUAGCCAUUUACACGGUGUAAAUACGAACAAUAUUCGUAUAGAUGACCGAUCCGAUGGUGAAUAUAAUCAUCUUCGUAAUGAUAAUUACCAUCAUCUGACAUCUGACUUCACACACGAAGUGUCAGAUUCUGACUACAAUCAUCUUGGUGAGGUUAGCAAGGGUGACAAUUACCAUCAUCUGAAUGAUUUUAAAAAUAGGACAUCUGGCGGGAUGGAAGGUGCUGACUACAAUCAUCUUGGUGAUGUUAGUAAAGAUGACAAUUACCAUCAUCUAAAUGAUUUUAAAAACCGGACAUCUGUCGAGCGCAUUACACGCGGGGUUGAUUACAGUCACCUUCAUGACGUGUUUGGUGAAAACGCUGCAGAUGAUUAUGACCAGAUUGGUGACAUCAGGAGCAACGAGAUUCCACAAGCCGACAGAAAAGAUGUAGCAUAUGUAAACCAUGGAUCAGUUAAUGACCAUUGUGAUGAUACACACAAUCAGAUGACUCGUGGCAACUACACCGAUCGUGGUGCUGUAAAGAGCGAACUGAUAAAUGAAGACGUCUACAACCAUAUUGAUUACGUUAAUCACGACACAGAUGUUAAAUACGAACUAGCUAAGAGCGCGCGUAGCGACAAUUUAAAUAUGCCAUAUGAACCGACACAGAAGAUUAGUUAAUACGGGUUAAAUAUUCAACCGAGCAAUAAAAUGGGAGAUUACUCCAAUAUUACUACCUACGAAGAUUAUCCUCUUCCAGAAAUCCAAACUUGAAGUAAUUCGGACUACUGUGUUUAAUAAUGUUUAAAAAUGUUAACCAAUGUAUAGUAAAAUAUAGAAUGCGUUAUAUAAAGGUAUAAACAUUUUCGAUUACA